CAAAAAGUCACGCGACAAAACAUCAAAACACAAAAAAAAGUAUAUCAUGCGGCACGAUACGAUAUCAUAAAUGUCAAGCUUGAUCAAUGAGGAAGCGCCUGCUCUCUUGAAGCAAUUAUCAAUUCUGGCUGGUAAUAAAGAUCUAAAUAAAAAUGCACUGCCUGAAUAUUUUUCCAAUUAUGCACAAAUGGCAAAUCGCAGAGUUUAUUCAGAAGAAGUUAGUAAAGACUGUAUCAGUUAUGACAAAUUAAAAGUUUUUACAAACCAGCGUCAAUCAUCUUCAUUCAUGAUUACUCAAACUAAUAAAGUCUCUUUAAAAACAAAGCUUAUUCAAAUAUCAGAUAUUGAAUGUUAUCUUCUUGAUUUUUACCUUCAAAGGAAAAUAGGUUAUACUAAUACAAUAUGUUUCCUUCAUUCCGGCCGAACUAUCAAAUGUAUGGAAAAGGUAGAAUUGCCUUUGUGCAUCCCAAACUCAGUUACCCAAAGUAUUUACAUCGAAAAUACUGACUCAUUAACGGAUCAAACUUCUUUUGCGCAUAAGUGGCACCUUAACUUGUUGCCUCCUAUAAAUGAAUUUUCCCACUCAAACUUUCGUACAGAACAUCUAAGAGGCUUAAACUGCUGCCUAAUACCAGAUGUUGUUGACAAUAAUCAUGAUCUCCUUCGUCAUCAUCGCAUUGCUACGGAAGACUCUUCAUAUAAAAACAUACCAUCGGUCAACUCUGUUAUAGAUGAAGGGAGUUAUAAAUUUGGCAACAAGGAAUUCAAAAGAUCAGCUAGUUAUGCCAACGAUGAAGGAACGACGGAUUAUAAUAGAAUCGAGAUCUUAGAUAGUAUUCGAUAUAUUGAUGAACCCGUUUCAAAUCAUUUUUCACCUGACACCAAACAACACAUUUGCGACAAGCUGGAGAAUGAAUUUGCUAUAGACGCUUCAAACAAAAAUAUUAAAUGGGAUCUAUUGUGCGAUGAUAAUUGUUAUGGGAUAUCCAUAUCCUUAUAUGAGCAAUAUCCCGACGGAACCCAUUAUUCAGGAGAUCCUAAUGCUGAUGUUUUUGCCAUAUACAAAACCGGUAACCUCUGUAUAUUGAGCAUAGCGGAUGGCGUUAAUUGGGGCAUUAAAGCUAGACUCGCUGCACAAUGUGCUGUUAAAGCAUCUUUACAUUCAAUCAUUCAUUCAGUGGGUCAUAUGAAGAAUAGCACUCAUAGUUCAACUCUAGUAAUGUUCGACUAUUUGCUUAGAUCUUUCACCGCCGCCCAUAUAGAAAUUCUCAAAAAUAAUGGUGGCCUUACCACUUUAACAAUAGCCGUUAUUUGUGAAUCAAUAAAAACCACGUUGAAUUCAGAAAAUAAGGAUGAAAAAAAUAAGGAAUAUACGGUAUGCAUAUGCAAAGUUGGAGACAGUAACGCUUACGCCUUUGACCCUCAAACUGGUCUUGUCAUCGAUUUAACUCAAGAAUCGAGAAACGUGAGAAGGUCCACGCGCAAUUUAAGGGACGCGGAAGGGGCAUUAGGACCGGCCAUCAACGGCCUUCACCCAGAGCUCCAUAAUUUGAGCUUAUCUCAAACCACCUUAAGUUCUGGUCAAAUAGUAUUCCUAACGACAGAUGGAGUUUCAGAUAAUAUGGAUCCGGUUGUCAGAAAAUUGGCUUUGAUGACAACUCCACAAGCUAACGCAAGAAAAGGAGAGAACGUGAAUUUGGAAAAGAAUUCUAAUAAGUUCAUUGAAAGGCCUCAUCACGAUGCGUUGGAAAGGAAUGGAUUACUAAAUUAUGAUGCCAAAAAUAAUUUGGUCAUAAAUUACAGCAAAAUUUGGUCUAAUAUAUGGAGCUCCGGGAAAUCCAAUAAAAUAGAUUGGGAUAAUAAUCUCCUACCAAGCAUCGAUCUUACUUGCAAACCCGAUAUAUCACCUUUGCAAAGGCACAGAUUAACCUUAUUACACAUGGGGUGCAUAAUUUUGGAUAUACAAAACAUAGGCGAAUUGGAAAAAUAUUUCGGUAAUAUUAAUGAUGUAAAGGAAGCAUAUAAAGACUUAUCUAGGAUUAAUCUUGAAUGGAAUCUGCAAGAUCCCAUUGAGGAAGACGUAUUUCUACCUAAUAACCUCAUUGGAAACUCAUUAACGGCUAGAGAUCUCUGUGCUAGACUUCUCAAUUACUGCGUUAAAGUGACCGAAAGCAAGAGGCGAAUUUUGGAAAACCCUAAAAAUUUUAUAGAAGAACUAGGAAACACUAAAGAUAUGGACGAAUCACGACGUUUUGAAUAUCAAAGAGCUAGACGAAAAAUGGCUAGAAGAGAGUUAUUUGCUGCCCCAGGAAAAUUGGAUCACGCAACAAUCGUGGCUUAUAAGAUACAUUUAUAAAAAUUGAUUUCUGACGAUGAUUACUGAUACAAAA